AUGAACAGCACUACGGAACGUCUAACUUUAGCUGACGCGUAUUUUUCUUCCACAAACGAGUACUACUUCGAACGACCUCCCUCAUUAUUUCACAUAGUCUAUCAAUUUUAUCUAACUGGUCAGAUACAUCAGCCUUCCCAUCUUUGCCCCAUUGACAUCCUGGAUGAGUUAGAUUAUUGGGGUAUUGUACCGGAUAGCUACCUCGCUCCAUGCUGCUGUGCAGAUGAUAAUGUAUAG